AUGGGAAAAAAUGAAAACGAUUUAGGUAAACGACCACGUAAACCAUCACGUAAACCACCGCGUAAGCCACCAUCGUCACGUAAACGUAAAGCGCCAACAAAAAUGGUAUUCAGUUCAGAUGAUGAAGCAGAGAAUCAAACAACUGCAACGCUAACAUCAUCGACUCCUAUAACCAUCGACAAUCACACACCUAUUUCAUCCACUAUAACACGGCCAACUGCUCAAAGUGAUAACGAUUCUGCAGGUGACGGGGAAGUAAAACUAUAUGUACCAUCCAAUGUAUGGUCUCAUGCCACACGUGCUCAAGAUGGAAAAACGGCUGUUUGUAAUAUCUGUAAUAAACGUAUCAAAACUAAUUGUGGUUCAACAUCGACACUUCGCAUACAUUUGAUUAAAAAACACGACAAGAUAGAGUUACAGCUACCAAAAAACCAGGCAAUAAAAUGUUCUUUAACACCACAAGAAAAAAGUAAACUACAUAAAUUAUCUUUUCAAUGUAUUAUACAAGAUGGUCGGCCGUUUAAUGAUUUAACAAAGCCGGGUAUUUCAAAAUUAAUUAAUGCAAUAGUUCCAGGUUACAGGCCACCACAUCGUAAUAGUAUGAAAAAGCAUUUAAGACGAUUGAAAUUUUUUCAUACCAAAAAAUUAAUUGACGAGCUCAAAGGUGUUGAAUCAAUAUGUAUAACCGUCGAUUUCUGGAGUAAUCGACGUAAUGUAUCGUUUCUGGUUAUUACCGGUCAUUAUUUUGUAAAUGGUUUUACAUAUAAAUCAACUAUUCUUCAUUAUUGCUCGUUUGACAAGGAACAUACAGCAAACAAUAUUGCCAACAUAAUUAAAGCAAAACUCAAAGAAUUGAAAAUUUAUGAAAAACUUUAUUCUAUUACUUGUGACGGGGCCUCAAAUAUGCAAAAGGCAUGUGAUCUGUUAGAUUCAAAUGUCAAACGAAUAUGGUGCUUGGCCCAUCGUCUUCAUUUGAUAAUUUGUAAUGGACUGGGUAUUUGGUUAAAACCCAAACAGUCACGAUCCAAAACAAAAUCAUCAUCGAGAACAACUAAUGAGAAUGAUAAAAGCGAUCAAGAUGAUAAUGACGACGACGACAUGGAUGAUUCUAAUAAUUUGACAUAUAAUAACGAUGCUAAUAUGGCUGAUGAUGAUGUCAGUGAGAAACAAUUGUUUAGUUUUGAUAGUGAUAAUGAAGACGAAAUUGUUGAACAUGAAACGGAACGGACUGAACAAGAAACAAUCGAUGAUGAGCAAUCGGACAUUGAAGAUGAGAAUAUUGGUUUAGAUGCGCUUGAUGAAGAAGAAAUAGACGAUAAUUGGUCUCAAGACUUGUUAAACGAAUGUGAAGAAGAGGAUCAAAAGAUUAUAUUUAAUGCUUUAUCAAAAUGUCGUGCAUUAAUUAAAUUUAUUAAAAAAUCAUCUAUUUUGUCAUCAUAUUUCGAUACCGAAAAACACAAAUUGAAAAAAAAACGUACAUUACAGUUAGACGUUAGAACAAGAUGGAAUUCUACCUAUUAUAUGAUUGACGGCUUGUUAAAUUUGAAAUUAGUAAUGGCAAAAAUGUUCGAUGAUAAAAAUCAUUUAAAAAUUAAAAAUAAACUAAAACAAAAAUUGAACGAAUUAGAAUUAACAUCAAAUGAAUGGAGCGUACUAUCUCUAUUACAUGAUGUAUUGAAACCGUUCUAUCGAGCAACACAAUUAAUUAGUGGAAGUAAAUAUUCAACUAUUGGGCU